AUGUUCAUCCGCAAACUAACCCCGCUCCUCGCUCUCUUCUGCCUCCUCACCCUCGCAACCGCCCAACUAGUCCCCACCACAAGCGCAAACGGAUGCGUGUCCGGCGCAGUGGAAUAUUGCAACAAACAAGUCUGGCCCCCAGGCAGCCCGGACCUACACUGCAUGUCCGUCUCCGACACGCCCUGGAGCAACGAAAUGGCACUCAUGCGCUCAAAAUGCUACUGCCUGCGCAAGGACCUGCAGCAGACGUGGUGGACAUGCUUCUACCAGCAAGCAGCGCUGUGUCCGAAAGACCAGGUGACGAUGAGGGAGAUAUGGCAUCAGGAAUGGGAAGUCCACCGCUAUCAGCGCCGCUUGUAUUGUCUGGACGACUAUAAGCCGUCGCCGCCCUGGCAUCUGAUUAAUAAUAAUUACAUGAAGAUGCACUAUAAUAUGCUGCGUCCGUAUCAGUACUCGUAUGAGUUUGCGCAGUACAGGAAACGCGACACGAAUGCUACGGAGCGCAGAUUGGCGAUGGUGUGA